UUUAAAACAAGUCUUGAGGAGGGAACAUGAAGGCAGCCUCAGGUGGAGCUCAGUAGCAGCUGAAUAACAGCGAGCUGCUAACUUCUCAUGGGAGGCUUCAGAGGGUGAAACGCUGCAGGAUGAGCCGUCGUUGUGGUCGCCAUGACUCUGAGGUCCACACUGUUUCCACUCACAGGAUUCAAGCAGGACGCCGACGCCUCAGACUGUGACCGCUUCGGGGCCGUGAGACCCGUGAGCCUGAAGAGGGAGUCCCGGGACUUCGUCAUAGAUGUUCAUAAGGCGCACGGGGGCGAGAUCCCGAGCAAAUCUAAGGACUUAGAGCAGAAUUACAUGACCAGCAAAGUCUCCCUCGCGGCUACAGUUGCAGAAGUAGUUCAGGGAGACAAUAAAACUGUGGGGAUAUUGUCCCCGGUCAGACAAAUGGGGGCUGAGGGAACCCCGGUGAAAGGUAAACCCCUCUCUGCUGACACCAUGGAGAACCCUCAGAUGGCUGUGAACAAUAACCCCAAGGACGCUGGUGUGGAUGACAGUGUGAAGGGGGUCGUCCCCGGAGUCCUAGGCACCGCAUCCAUUGAACUUUCAUCUGAGGGCAAGUGGAGGAACAUCAGGAAGACCCCUGCCAAUCCCCACACACAGGCCAACUGCCUCCGCCAGAUCCUCCUCCUGCAACUGGACCUCAUCGAACAGCAGCAACAACAACUGCAGUCCAAGGACAAGGAGAUAGAUGAGCUCAAAGCAGACAAAGAGACACUGCUGGCACGUAUCGAGCGCAUGGAGCGGCGCCUGCAGCUCACGAAGAAGGACCCGCCGCGUGACAAGCGCCUCUUCCAGCCCCUGGAGCCAUGGACCCCCGACAAAGAGGACAUGUGGGACCUUGAUGUGGAAGAGAGUCCACAGCCCAACCAGGCCACUCCGCUCCCCUUUAGUCGGGGUGGCAAAGGGCAAAAGAGGAAAUCUUGCUUUGGAGAUGCAAAAUCCCAGAAAUCACGAGGCAAAAGUGCCAAGCUCAGCCCCGUAAAGCCUGAGCUCCAGCCCGGCUCCCCCAAUCAAAGAGAGCUGCGCAGUAAGGAAACCCCCGAGAAAACCCUCCCCAUGCGGUCGGGCGCCGAAAGGGACCUUAUGCUCCCGUGCAAAGAGGAGCCGGAGCUGAGCUGUCAGAUCGACGAUCUGCCCUUCAUGUCUACUACAGAGAUGUACCUCUGUUGCUGGAACCAACCUCCUCUGUCUCCUCUACGGGAGACUUCCCCUAAAAAGGAAGAAGAGGUGGCCAGUGAGUGGACUCCUCAUGUAGUACAUGAUAUGCUGAUAAUUUUUCCAUCUUGGAGAGAAAAUCCUAUUGAGCCUUUGGAUGAGGAGCCCUCCUUUAACCCCCCUGAGCCGCUGGACGACGGCGUGUUUCUGAAACGCCACUCGAAGCUGGAGCUGGACGAGAAGAGGAGGAAAAGGUGGGACAUCCAGCGGAUCAGAGAGCAGCGCAUGUUCCAGCGUCUGCAGCAGCGAAUGAACAGGAAGAAGGUCGUCCAGGAGACGGAGCCGGAGCUGUCGUCCUUCUACCCCGACACUGAGGACGUUGAAACUAUCGUCAUCACUCCCUUCUUGCCUGUGGUUGCUUUCGGCCGACCGUUGCCCAAAAUGUCCCAACAGAACUUCGAGCUGCCUUGGCUGGACGACCGGAGCCGCUGUCGCAUCGAGGUGCCCAAAAAACACACUCCGCACCGGACCUGUCGGAAGUGAAGCCCUCUUGUGUGCAUGUAUGUAUGUAUGUAUGUAUGUGUGUAUGUGUGUGAGUGAGAGUGUGUAACAGUGGAGAGAUGCCGCUCCAUGCCCAGAUUAGAAAACGCUAUAUUUGUCCUGCGAACAGAGCUGCAGUCAGCCACCAGUCGCUGUGAAUAACUGCUGUUGCUUUCAGUCCGCUGACCCGCUGAUGAUCUCCUGCAGAAUAAUAUCUCAGACGGCUGAUAUUUCUGCUUUCAUUUCCACUUCUCAAAGGCCUGACGCCACAAGAUUAGCAGCUGUUACAGAUUACAAAUCAGUUUGUAUCCUAAAAGAAACGUAUAAUCAGUUAUGUGCAUGUUCUGUAACAUGUUAAAGAUACAUUUUGUAGCUGCAGAGCCAUCCAGAACUCAUUUCUCUGGAUAAAGUGACUCCGAUCUUGUGUGCAUUCACGUAGGAGGUGAAAAACCCUUAAUAACAGUUUAUAAUCUUUCUGUUUCGGGGUCGUCCUGCCGCGCUCAUUCUCUCCUCUCUGCCUCAGUGGGAAAAAAAAUCUGACUGUACCGUGCUGUUGUAUUGCCUAUAAUCGUUGUUCGCACACAACUUUAAAUAAGAUUUUAUCAAUGUUUCGUGUGAUUUGGGAGGUUUGAGACGCACUCAGCAUGAUUUCAUAUUUUAAAAACUGCAAGAAAAGUUUAAAAAGCAACCAGGCGACCGUUCUGUACUCACGGUUUGCUUCAGCGGCACGGACGACCCACCAACGCGGUGUUCUGUUCCCUGUUUCUGUUCCUAUUAGUUCUUUAUUUCUACGUGAGUUGCAUGGACUCUAUUUAGCUGUUUUAAAAGAUGCAACACGGUAGCAUGGCUUCACCCCAGAAUGGAGGAUCGUCUCUCCUCUCAUCGGGCGACAAAAACGACAAAAUAUUGUUCUUGAACGCAUGACUUCAGUGACGAGCUGCUGCGUCCGUUUAAUCCGAUAAUAACAAGUUUUGAUGUUUCCGAUCUUUACAAUACGCUUCCAUCAUACAGUGAAUAUUAGGCUGGUUGUGUGUAUGCAUCAGGUCCCUCGGAGCAGUUAAAGGGACCCGUUUUAGACGAUAAAUAAGCUUUCUAGCUGUAGUCGUAGCGAUGUUCAGUCUGCUCUCUAACAUGCUGCCAGUUAAUCUCAGUUACAAUCGCAGCGUUUCAUUUCUAUUUCCCUCGCUGCGUUUGCUCGACCCUCUUUAUUUUUCUUUUUUCUUUUUGUUCUUUUUUUACAUGCGAUGCAAAACGGCUUCCUGCAGCUUCAACACUUCAAACUGCCGUCGACGUGAAGGCAGAGUUUUUUGUUCUUUUGUUCCUUUUUUCUGUACAUAGCUUCCAGAAACAAAUGUACAUAAAACAUGGCUGUUAUUUUUUUAUUAUUUAAUGUUGGAAGUGUUGAGUACAUUCAAUAUUGUUCUAUGAUUGUAUGUUGACAAAUUGACAGUUUUGAAAGUUACAAUUUUUUUGGAAUAAAAUUAACAUGUCUACGAUA